AUGGUAAUUUUCAAGAUCUUUUUUUUCAGGUAUUCGUCCCAGCACUUUUCUACACCCGACGCUUGUGGAUUCAAUGUAGAAGAUCAAAUAAAACUCCACUUCGUCUAUGGACUGGUCGUAAAUAGUACUCUUCGUGAGAAAAUUGAAGAAAUCGGUCAAGUGAAGUUAGAUUUCAAAGAUUGA